AUGGACGAGGAUUCAACAGCCCCAGACCAAAUGAGUGGCGCACUGGUGCUUCGUUCACGGGAUACGGUUGAACACUUCUAUGGAUUGAAAGAGUGGGAGAAGCGUUUUGGGAACAAUAUCAUGCUAAUGCCAAGAGGCGACUACAAAUCCUUUCUUGAUAUUAUGCGAGAUACCGAACUUGAAAUUGUUGAAAUUGUCAGCUUCAUGUUGCCCUAUCCAAAAACGCCUUGCUGGGAGCGCUGUGUCUCAAACGCCGAGUCCUUUUGCGAACAUGGAGAUUUUGCUCUUCGAGAAUUUGUUUCUGUUGAUCGAAGUACCUCUCAACUUAGUUAUGCGCAGCAACCAAAAACAUGGGUAUCAGACAGCAGUCCAAGCUCCCAGAAUGCUGUGUCCCCUUCAGUCAACAGAAUCUUGAACAACGUUGAACUGAAAGAAGCUCUACAACGGUUUGAUCCAGAUGUAACGGAGGAAGUUGCUGUAUAUACGCGUCGUGUAUACAUGAGUAACCCAAACGGAUCUAGCAUUCUAGCACUCAUAAGAGGCGUGCCUGCAACACAAGUCGACGGCUUCCGGAAACUCCUGGCUGGCUAUUUCACCACUCCUCCAGUUCCAAGCCUAGUGCUCAUUGACUCUGAUUGGUGGCCUCCUGCAAGUUUUAUAAUUGCAUUUAAUCUGCCCUUUUUUGCAAUCAGCACAACAGAACGUCAAGAUUAUAGGAAAUGUGGUCCAAACAAGAAUCUCAGAGCGCGCUAUAGUCUAGAAUUUCUUCGUCUAGAAGAGUCUGCGUGUGGUGAAGAGGUCCAGGAAGACACGAAUUCCUCUGAUAACCUGGUCCUUCAUGAGGGCGUUUUCUCUUUCAUGGUCACCGGCCAGAGUGAUAAUUACUGGACUGCGAUUUGCUUAAAUGACGAAUUUUUCGAGGAAGAUCCACGACUGUUAGAUGACGAGAUACCACCUGUUGAUCCUAUUAUCCAAAUUCCACCACCAAGCGCGGGAAACUUUUGGUCACCUCGAGCAUAUGCCCUUCUAGCUUUAGGGCUUCAACUGGAAAAGAUAAUUGAGCACCAUAGGGACGUUCAUUACCAUCUCAAGAUAAGUCUUGAUCGUUAUAGCAGCAUGAUCAAACACGGCGCAAUCACAAAAGAUUCACUUGAAAGGAUGCAAGAAUGGAGAAGAAGAUUUCCAGAGGUAUUGGCUAGCGUCAUGAACUCUAACUCAAGCCUAGCACUGCAACUACACGACUUUAUACUGGAAGAUCUUAAAGUCGGCCAAGAUGAAGCGUUCCGUGGGAUACUUUGGCAAGGACUACAAGGAGAUAUUAGCGCAGUGAGGUCGCUGCGCACUAUCAAAAGCCUUCAUACUCAACUCAGAAGUACUGGUGUUCAUCUGGAACACCUCAGGGUGGCUUAUGAGGCAAUCAAACAUGACGACGAGAGGCGCCGCGAAGAGGCUAGGCGUGAUGGUAUUAGGCGUGAGGAAGAUGAUUCAGAGGCUAUGCCUUACCUGAAAAGAGGGUUUGACUCACUGUAUCUAUUGACCCAGACCAACAAUGCUCGGCCGGCUAAGGACCAGAAUAAAGACAGCACGGUAUUGAGAAUCGCCAUUGCUGCAUUUGUAAGUCAAUAUGAAUCCAUUAAGGACGUGGGAAAGCUAAAACACAAAAGGGACUGCAAGGCUUAUCCCUGA